GUGUCAAUGCUGCCAGCAAACCGGACUGAACGUCACAUUCCUGCAUUCCCUUUUUCCUCCGUCUGGGACGUCGGAGUCACAACUACAUAGCUAACGUUAAUCCUCUUCCCCACCUUUCUUUUUGGGAAACACGCCCAUGACACGGCGGCCUUGAGCUCAGGAGGUGAUCCCGGGUUCACCAGGAGUCAGAAUCUCACUUGGGGUCACUUUCCUCCUUCCCUUCCCCUCCUCCCCUCCUCCCAUCCAUCACAGCGCAGGUUGCCAUGGAGAACUCUUCAGUGGCGUCUGCAUCGUCUGAGGCCGGGAGCACACGGUCGCAGGAGAUCGAAGAAUUAGAGCGCUUCAUCGACAGCUAUGUGCUGGAGUAUCAAGUGCAGGGGCUUCUGGGAGACAAGGCAGAUGGAGACUUGGACUUGGACAAUGGUGGCAAGGUGCCACAGUGGACAGAUGACUGCAUCGACAAGAAAGAUGGCAGCUGGACAUCUUCACGGGGGAGAGGCUCAUUCAAGCCAGACGAGUGGGAACACAGCAGCAACGGCAGUACAGGUUCCAGGCCGAGUUCAGGGUCCAGACCAGGUUCUGGCUCCCGCUCUGGCAGCAGGGGCCGAAACAACCAGUUCAAAGGCCCAGCUAAGAACGGGAACAGAGACGGUUCCUUUGACAUCCUGGGGACAGAUAUAUGGGCUGCUAACACAAUGGACUCAUACGGAGGUGCAGGUUGGGACGUGCAGCCAGAGAAGCUGGACUUCAGCCAUUUCCACAGGAAACACUUCAGAGGCAUGCCAAAGCACCUGCCACACAUUGACAGAGAGGGGAUGAACAAAAACAAGUUUGAGGAAGAUGAUGGCAUAGACAUGAAUGACAUAGAAAGGUUCCUGCCCCAUCUGCGCUCUGUCUUCCCACCCCUUCCUAACGAGGCUGAGAUCGCACACACCAAAAAGCUCUUCCGACGCAGGAGGAAUGACCGACGAGUGGUUGAUCAAUUCACCCGAGACCAGUUAACCAUACUUCUGCCUACUGGCCCAGGGGGAAUGCGGCAAGUCUCAGCCAGCUUGUCAAGCCCAGAGCCAGUACAGCAAAAGGGACAGAGCUAUGCAGGACAGGAAAACACAGCCACGCUGUGCAUCCACAUGAGACAGCAGCGGCCUCAAGGAGGAGGAGGAGGAGGAGGCAAGAACCAGUCUCUGCUGAUACAACAGCAGUCACCGCCGCAUCAGAGGGAUCAAACCCAACAACAGUCCCCAAACCAACAGCAGCAGACUUUGACAGAAGUGGGAGAUAACAGAAACAAUAGCGCUGGCCGGCCGCCUCGCCAGUAUCAAGGGGGACAUGGGCAGCGCCAAGGAGGACCCCCGCACCACGGAUACAGCCAGAACCGGCGCUGGCAUCACAAUCAGAAAGGUCAGGGGCAUGGACAGACAAAUCCCACAUGCGAUAAAGGAUUACCCCCAAGAACAACCAAAGACAAAGAGACUGAGAAUGUAAAAGUGGGCAACGAGCAGUUCAGACCAACAGAGGAGCCUCAAGACAGCAGUAGAAGUCCCAAUGAAUCGCCCAAAUCCGAGUCAACAUUCAACACAACGGCUUUCCCAGAUCUGACAGUUAACCCACCAGGAAGUGGUAAGGCAAGCGAGGGCCACUCGAAGCAGCCCAAAAUCAGCUUGCUUCAGUCGUCAAAGGAGAGGCUGAGGAGGAGACUAAAGGACAAGGAGGAGGCACGCGUGCAGGCGUCGGGCUCCGGAUCGCAGAACAUGGACCGGUUGGUGGAUCUCCUCAACAGCAUGAGGAGCAACAGCAGCGGCGUGGAGCAGCAGCUGGCCUCUUUCAUGGAAGAGGCGCAGUGCUCGGCGCGGUCCGAGGAAACCCUCGCUCAGGUGGUCAGCACAAUCUACUCCAAGGCCGUGUCAGACAGGAGCUUCGCCGCCACGGCAGCCAAGCUCUGUGAAAAAAUGGCGUUGUUCAUGGUGGAGGGGACCAAGUUCAGAUCGCUGCUCCUCAACAUGCUGCAGAGGGACUUUGCACGUCGUGACGAGCUCCAGCAGUCAGACGUGGAGAGGUGGUUAGGUUUCAUCACCUUCCUGUGCGAGGUGUUUGGGACCAUGAGGAGCAGCUCCGGGGAGCCUUUCAGGGUGCUGGUCUGUCCCAUCUACACCUGCCUACGAGAGCUGUUAGAGUCCACAGAUGUCAAGGAGGAUGCAGUCCUCUGCUGUUCUAUGGAGCUGCAGAGCACGGGGCGUCUCCUGGAAGAACAGCUUCCAGAGAUGAUGACGGAGCUCCUAGCGGCCGUCAGGGACAAGAUGCUUUGCCCGGCCGAAUCCCAGCUGACCCGCUCGCUCCUCAUGGAGGUCAUCGAGCUGCACGCACACCGCUGGAGCCCCCUGGAGGCUCUCACCACCCAAUACUACAACCGUACCAUCCAAAAGCUUACCACCACUGCCUAGGCCCCCCCAAACCCCCCCCUCUGCCUGGGAGGAGAGGAGACAGCCCCGAGGGAAAAAUUCUCUUCUAGUUUACCCAUAACACAAGAAUUUAAGAAUAACUUUUCCUGCCUAAAUAAAUACAUGCUUUAAGUUAUUAUUGAACUUAAUCGUACAACUCAAUCGUUUCUCAAAGAUAGGCGACCACACUAGCCACCAAACGGGUCAACCCCCGAGCCAUCAAGGCAACACUACAUGUGGCGUUCAAACAAUGAAAGCCUACUUGACACAGAUUUGAGAAAACACUAAUAGACGGCCAGUAGGGGCGUGCUUGGCCACACAAGAGUCCAGCAGCUCGCCCGGCUGUGGCUGCUGAGGGAUAAAGGAGGGAACAGACAAGAGAGGGGUCACGCAGGGGAGAGGAGGAGAGGGCAGCAGCCUGUCCGUAGGGAAUAGAGAGAUCUGUACCCAAAGAUGAAUUGGGGGGGCGGCGAGGGGGGUAGUCAGUGUCAGUCUCUUCAUUGUGUUCGUUUGCCCACCACCCUCCCUUCUCUCUGUCUCUCCGUCAGCCCCUGGGGUCUGAGUGGCUGAUAAAAGAGAGAGGAGGAGGAGGAGGAGGAGGAGGAGGCAGGGAGUAGACACGGUGCUGUCUGUCUGGGCCGUCUGCCCCGCCGGGCCAGGGACCAGGUCAAAGGGCCUCGCUGUGGGGCUCCCACUGCUCCUCCCCGUCUUUGUCUCCCCCAACUCACCACAUCUCUCUCUCUCUCCACCCCCCCACCCACCCCCAGCAGGAAGCCUUUUUGUGGGGAUGAGACAGCGGGCCUGCUGGGCCAGGCUGGGCUCAGGAUAAAGGAUCAGGCUGGCUAGAGUAGGGUGGCAGAUGGCCGCUUGAGCCCUUGUGAGACGACACACUCCCAACACACACCCCUCUAGCACCCCAGCGCCCUGCUCCCCGAGCUCGGGGGCCGGUGUUCGCAAUAGAAUCAGUAGAAAUAUUGCGGUGGUGGUGGUGGGGGGGGGGGGGGGGGAGCAGCAUUAGAUUUAAUUCUUUUGUUUUUGUCCUACAGGGGAAUGUCUCUUCUCUUCUGUUAAGCCGUGCAUGUCCAUGCUUUGUUAACCACAUCAAUGAUAUUAUUUUUUUAAUCAUUUAUUGUUUUUAUUAUUGUUGUCGUCGUUUCAUUUUGAAGUCUUGUUUUUAUGAUAAAAAUGUACGUAUGAGAUGUUAUAGUGGUAGGCCUUAUUGCACAGGUUUGAGUUGUUUGCACUGUUUUGAGGCAAUUUGCUUUAAAAUUUCAAAAAAAAAGAAUUGAAUUUGAAUCAGUGCUUGUGGAUUAAUAUUAAAAAAUCUCAGUAGUGAGAGAAGUGGGUUGAGCAUAGCGAGGGGUUUUAGGAUGUUUUAAUGGACUAGUGGCCUUGUCAAUUAUCCAUUUUUAUAGGAGCUCUCAUGUUUCGGGGGGCCUGUGGCAGCGGAGGACAUACUGAGGACUUUAACGGUUAUUCACAUCAUUCUGUUGCUGAAUUUAAAAAAAAAACAACAAAAUACACAUUUGAAGAGGAAAAAAGGUGAUGUGACAACAAAAAAAAAAGAGAGCAUGGCUCAUAGAGAAAAGAAAACAGAAGUGAAAGGCUUCUUAAAGAUUUUCUCCUACUCAAGCCAUUCUUUGCAGUGGACGUUUUGCAAGUGUUUAAUAUCGACUGUAUUUGAUCUUGCUUUGUUUUUGAGAAAAAUGACAACUAUUAACCUGUGUAUUUGAAGAUGACAAUGAAAAAGAAGAAAAUCUUAUUGUAUGACCUCAUUAGCUAGUCAUAUGUGACCCUUAUUCCAGCUAACGUGUGUACUAUAAUAUUGACGUACCAAGCCAAUCAUGUACCAUUUGUAAAUGGGCUCUAUAUAUAAUCCGCAUACAGUAUAUUUACAAGUAUUUAAAAAAAAAAAACCAUUGUGAUCGAGCUGUCGGAGGGGAAUAGUGCAACAGAAAUGUUACACAUACUGUAGGAAGACUGUGGUUGUGUGGCUAUCAGGAAUUAGCUCGUUGUUCGGAAGUAGUCAGACAUACACACACACACGCGCGAACAUGAACAUAUGCACAUGCAUACAAAUAGUUAGUUUUCCCAUUGAAUCUCUGUGGGCAGUUUUAAGUGUUUUUUAUAUUAUUUUCUCUGUCUUGCAUCAAGAAUUAAGAUCCUGUGUGGUAGAAACACAUCACAGAAGGUUAGUUAGAUGAAAAGGGUGAUUUCAAACUCACUAAUGUUUUUGCAGGUGCAGCCUAAUCGUCUGUAAAGAGUGUGUCUGCUCAAGAAGUGAUUUGUUUCAUUGUUGUUUUUUUUUUUGUCUUUUGUUGUCGUUAUUUUAUUUCUAGGGCUCUAUUUAAAUUAUAUUUAGCUCAUUUAUAUAUAAUUUCCUCUUCUGGUGGGGUUUUCCAGACAUCUGAAACAGUUGUGAUACCUAGCUUGCUGGCAAGUGUGUAAGUGUGGUAUUACUGUGUUUUAGUUUAUGAAAAAGGAAAAAAAAAAAAAAGUUACCCAUCGGUCAGUUUGCAUUAUGCAAAGAGCGGCUCGCUCUCACAGCAGAUGGGGGCAGGUGGGAUUUCCCCCCCCCCCUCUCCCCCUUCUCCCUCCUUGUCGUCGUCUGUGGCACUGGAGCCUCCCCACCCCGCGUGCCCUUAGACCCCUCUGCUCGGGUCACAUGACUCACUCGACAUUUGAAUGAGACGCACCUUCAUUUGCAUAUUCUCAUGAAUAUUGAAAAAAAAUAAACGAGGCUCCGGUCGGUGCACAGACAAAAGCUGUAGAUUCGCAAUAGUGGGUCAUCUGUGAGCUCUUGUUUGUUUUGUUUUUCUAAGCAACUGAAAAAUAAACUAACAGGAAAAAGAUGUGA